UAUAUGUACUGGGCUGGUGAAUGGGAUGCUGCAAGUUACAAAGGAACAAGAACCUUUUGAAGCUGAAGCAACGUUGUUAAAGAAGAGAGGCAUCACCAUUCUUUCUCUGGCUCUUCAACUCAUUCUGGGCCUCAUUGAUCUCCAUGCAUGCCCUCCAACGAAUCACUUCUACAAGAUAAUGGCAACUGCAGAAACAAGGGCUGCCUGGCAACGUACUGCACAUCGAUGCUUUGUUCAAGAAGAUGCGAAGCGAGCUCCUAAAUUAGCAUGUUAUCCCUCAUCCUCAUCUAAUCUUCAGUUUGAUGUAAAUAACUCUAAUGCUUCAAGUGUUCAAGAUAAUCCUGCCCCUGAUUUUGUGAACUUAGGCCGGAAAUCCUUGAAUUCCGUUGCUCCCCCUGACCCAAAAUGGUGGCUAUGCUUGCAACCAACUUUGGGCUGCCAGAAGGAAGUUAUAUGUGAACCACUACAUGCUUCAGAGGAUGAGUUUGGAGAAAAGGGAUUCGGAAAUUCAACGUCGGCCUCUGGACUUAUUGUGGAUGCACUGCUGGAAGAAUCCCUUGAUGUUGAACAUAAAAGGACUAAUCAUCCUCUGAAAUCUGACUGGGAGACAGAAGUGAGAAAACUCAAGACAUUCAACCAUGACUCGCGGCUGCCGUCUAAGAAUAACACUGAUUUGAGUGAAUAUCUUUUUCAGGAUGAGGAGCUUGUAGGAUGGGAACUUGUUGGCCAUAUGAUUUCUGAAAAAACUGAGAAGGGUUUACAUGCAGAAACACUGUUGAAUGGAGUUAGUAAAUCUGAGCCAUGGUGGCGCAUUGCUGAUAAAAAUGAGCUAGCUUCAUUGGUUGCGCAAAAAUCAUUAGUGCAUAUUGAGAACUGUGAUCUUCCUAGACCCACCCAAGCACUGCCUGUCUGCACAGGCCCUUUUACUUGCCUUAAGAGGUUCAAUAAUGAUCUGAUUUUAUCAUCUUCUUCUUGUCAAAAGUCACAACAAGCUGGAAGCUGCAAUCCCAUUUGGCUCACGCAUAAAUCGCCUUCAAUAAGUAGCAGUGGUUCUCAUGAAGACAACACUCCCACAAAAGAACCAUCAGAAGGCGGACUGACAUUUAAAGCUGAUCCAAGCAGAGCUCAGCUGUUAGAAGCUCUCUGUCACUCUCAAACUCGAGCUAGAAAAGCCGAAAUUGCUGCAAAGAAAGCUCACGAGGAGAAACAACAUAUAAUCAAGCUUUUGUUUAGACAAGCAUCUCAUCUAUUUGGAUAUAAACUCUGGUUACACAUCUUGCAAAUGGAAAUCCUGUGCCUCCAGCUCAAGCUCAAUGACGAUAAUUUCCUGCCUUGGAUUUCAUUCAAACAAAGACCGUCUAACAAGGAAAGCAAUGAAUCAACAAGGUUAAGCCGGAAGAAGCAAAAGAAUGUUAUUCUUUCUUCGGUCUGCCUAGGCUUGGCCGGAGCAGGUCUACUACUAGGUUGGGCUGUUUAUCGUCGUGCUAUAAAAUGUUCAUAUGAAACAAACCAUGCUUAAGCAUAUAUGUGUUGUAGGUGCAUG